UUCAUUCUUUUUAUGGUGUUGCUUGAUAUGGUUUUUUCUGUUUUUUGUGGUGGUUUUGGUUUGUUGAUUAGAUUGUUGGUUAUUGCUUUUUUUAUUUUAGGUGAGCGUAAGAUUUUAGGAUAUUCUCAAUAUCGUAAGGGGCCUAAAAAGGUUGGUUUUAUGGGUUUGUUGCAAAGGUUUGCUGAUUUGAUGAAGUUAGUUUUUAAGUUUAAGUUUUAUUUUUUUCAUAGACGUAGUUUUGUUUCUGUUGUUGGUGUUUUAUUAUUGGUUGGUUUGGUUGUUUUUUAUUGUUUAGUGUAUGGUUCUUAUUAUUGUGAGGUUAAUGGUGGUUUGUCUUUUUUGUGGUUUUUAGUUAUUACUAGAUUUGCUAGGUAUGCUUUGUUGUGUGCUGGUUGGGGUAGUUAUAGAAAUUAUUCUAUGUUAGGUUCGAUUCGUAGUGCUUUUGGUUCUGUUAGUUUUGAAGCUUGUUUUAUGUGUGUUGUUAUUUUUUUUUCUUUGUGUUGUUUGGUUUUUCCUGUUAUUUAUGUUUUGUAUUUAAUUUGUAUAUUAUGUGAAACUAAUCGUACUCCUUUUGAUUAUGCUGAAUCUGAAAGUGAGUUGGUUAGUGGGUUUAAUGUUGAGUAUAGUGGUAUUUUUUUUACUUGUUUGUUUGCUUGUGAAUAUAUUAUUAUAUUUGUUUUUUCUUGA